CUUUUCUGUCUGUCUCUCCUGCGUGGUGUCUCUCCUCCUGGCUAUGCACCAUGUUGUCCUCUCCUGCGGUCAUCCUGCAGCCGUACGGUCUCCCCGUGUACCCACAAACCUCCUGCUACCCCAGCCUAGUGCAGGGUGCUCCUGCUCAGGAGGCGGGGCCAGGCAGCAGUGACCCCGCCCUUCCACAGGUCUACGCCGCACCCCCUUCGUAUCCACCACCUGGACAAGCCCCGCCCACACCUGCACCCAGACUCCCACCUCUUGACUUUAGCUCCGCCCACUCCGGCUCUGAUUACCCAGACCACCAUCAGCUCAGAGUGUAUCAGAGCGCUCAGCAUGAGGGGGCGGAGCCUAUACCUGCCAAUAACACGGAUGAAGGUCUGGCCCCCGUGACCUCCGACCCCCAGUCCCUGAACGUCCCCGUGGCGACAGGGGGCGGAGCAGGAAGCGGCAGCGAGGAGGAGGGGUCUGGGAAAGCCCAACCCAAACGCCUUCAUGUCUCCAAUAUUCCCUUCAGGUUCCGUGAUCCUGACCUGAGACAGAUGUUCGGGCAAUUUGGCAAAAUCCUGGACGUAGAGAUCAUCUUCAAUGAGAGAGGGUCAAAGGGUUUUGGCUUUGUGACGUUUGAGAACGCGUCAGAAGCCGAUCGAGCGCGAGAGAAGCUCAACGGGACGAUCGUGGAGGGGAGAAAGAUCGAGGUGAACAACGCCACGGCCAGAGUGGUGACGAAGAAGCCGCAGACUCCGCUCGUUAACGCUGCAGGAUGGAAGAUUAACCCCGUGAUGGGAGCGAUGUACGCUCCGGAGCUCUACACCGUGGCCAGCUUUCCUUAUCCCGUUCCCACGGCAACGCUGGCUUACAGAGGCUCCGCCCUGAGGGGGCGUGGCCGUGCCGUGUAUAAUACAAUCCGCUCAGCGGCUGCAGCGGCCACGCCCACUGCUGUUCCCGCCUAUCCAGGGGUGGUCUAUCAGGAUGGAUUAUAUGGAACUGAAGUCUAUGGAGGAUACCCUGCUGCAUACAGAGUGGCUCAAUCUCCUUCAGCCACAGCUACAGCAGCGUACAGUGAUGGGUACGGGAGAGUGUAUGCCACUGACCCCUAUCAUCACUCUGUAGGUCCGACCACCACAUACGGAGUCGGCACUAUGGUGAUUCACACACACACUUCUUCAGUGACCUUCAAUGAUUCAAUGCGAGUCUGUAUCGAGGAGGCUACAAUCGCUUCACCCCAUACUGACCUCCGUACUGACCCCCGGUGACCCCUGGUGACCCCACACUGACCUCCUGCCCCCUCCCCCUCCUCCUCCUGGAUGAUACACUGGGUGGAGCUUCAAUCAGCCAAUGAACUGAAGAGCCUGGGAGAAGCCACACCCACACUGACCUCAUACAUGGUGCUCACAACGCUCACACUGUCGUAGUUAGCAUUACGCUAAUAAUAAACUACUGAAGGAGAAGAGUUAAAUACUGCUAGCAGUUUAGUUUCACCUUUUUAUCAUUUUUAUCAUUAUUAUCAUUAUUAUUAUUAUUAUUAUUAUUAUUAUUAUUACUACUUUUCUUACGAUUAGCAACACCAGUGGUACGCUAACAUGCUAAUUAUCCCGUCAAACAGAGCGGCUGUAACCCGAGCGUGAUCAGGAAAGACAGUGUGUGUGUGAUUACGAUGUGCUGUUAGCAGGUACGUGCUGACGUGUUUGUACGCUAAUCUACGAUAUUAUUAUUAUUAUUAUUAAUAGUUAAAUCACAACAUUCGCUUUUAGCUUGCUGAGCAACAGAAUUACAACGUUGUUUUUUUUUUUUACAAGCUGCUAAUUUUCUCAGCUAGCGUAAACCAAAUUCAGGAAAUUUUGAACAGUGACAGACAGACGUCUUUGUUUCAAAGGGGCGGAGCUUAAGUACAAUUGAAAAGUUAAAUCAGCCAAUCAAACGUGUUCAGAUGACAUCAGCACACCAGUCUGUGUAAUGCUAGCUCUCUUUGCUAGCAAAAAUGUCUGUUGCUAAAAUGUUUAAUUACGCAAUAUAGCACUAUACCUAACGUUAGCACGCUAGACAACAUGUCUGGUUACAUAAAAGAUAGCUAGUUAGCUAGCUAACAUUAGCUCAGUGCUGGACUAUAACACUGUGUAAUUAAUGUUAAUGUCAAGCGUUCUGAUUGGCUGGUCAAGUUUGAGUUAAGCUCCGCCCUCCGCAGUAUCGCACGCUAAAUAUCGCAGAAUAUCGUAGAAGCGAUGAUCAGCACGUACCGAGCGCUUAGUGAACAUAUGAAUUAUUUUUGUAGAUUAUUGUAAUAUUGAUGUGCAGUGCAGUGUGUGUGUAUAGAGUGUGUGUGUGUAUAGAGUGUGUGUGUGUAUAGAGUGUGUGUGGAGUGUGUGUGGAGUGUGUGUGUAUAGAGUGUGUGUGUUUGUGGCACAGGUGCAGGUAACUCUGUUUUUUCCUCCUCCUCACUUUGUGUGUAUGUGUGUGUGUAUAGAGUGUGUGUGUAUAGAGUGUGUGUAUAGAGUGUGUGUGUGUGUGUGUGUGUGUGUGUGUGUGUGUGUGUGUGUAUCUACCUCUGCGCUGAUGUUCCUCAGGGGUGUGACGAUAUAAAUCAGUAUCACGAUACGCUGAUACGUUUCACACACAUGAUGACGCUGAACGCGCCACACUGAGCAGGAAGUGUGAUAGUGUGAUAUUGAUAUCGUGUGUUGGAAGUUUACUGUGAUGUGAAAAGUAUCGUAUCGUAUCGUAUCGUAUCGUAUCGUAUCGUAUCGUCGCAGCCCUGAACUCUGUUCAUGUUUUAGAGAAACUCUUCUGCUGUUUGUUUUCUGACUAAAUCUCACUGAGACACUUCUGAUUCUCUCACACUUUACACACGCUAUAUACACACACACACUCUAUACACACGCUAUACACACACACACACUCUAUACACACGCUAUACACACACUUUACACACGCUACACACACACCUUACACACGCUAUACACACACACACACUCUAUACACACGCUAUACACACACUUUACACACGCUAUACACACACACACACUCUAUACACACACCUUACACACGCUAUACACACACACACACCUUACACACGCUAUACACACACCUUACACACGCUAUACACACACACACACACACACACGCUAUACACACACACCUUACACACUAUACACACACACACACACCUUACACAAUCUAUACACACACACACGCUAUACACACACACACGCUAUACACACACACACACACACACUCUAUACACACACACACGCUAUACACACACACUAUACACACACACACACGCUAUACACACACACACUAUACACACACACACACACUCUAUACACACUCUAUACACACACACACUCCACGCACUCCAUACACACUCUAUACACACACACUCUAUACACACUCUAUACACACACACACACUCUAUACACACACACACACACUCCACGCACUCCAUACACACUCACUCCAUACACACUCUAUACACACACACACACACUCCACACACUCCAUACAAACACACACACACACACACUCAGUGAAUAAGUGCACUUUGAACUUUGAACACUAUUUAAGACGUCUCUUAACUGAGUUAUUAUUAUUAUUAUUAUUAUUAUUUAUUCACACACAGUGUAAUGACUUUAAAAAUCCUGAGCCCCAAAACAGCAUUAAGAGUGUGUAUGGAGUGUGUGUGUGUGUAUGGAGUGUGUGUGUGUAUGGAGUGUGUGUGUGUGUGUAUGGAGUGUGUAUAUGGAGUGUGUGUGUGUGUCUUUUCUUUCAUUUCUAUCUCUUCUUUCUUCCACAUAUGUACCUUUGACCUUUGACCUCAUGCUCUUGUGUCUCUUUUUUAAAGCCAUUGUUACAUUAAUUAAUUUAUUUAUCACUUUUUCCUGUUUUUUUCUGUCAUUUGUGCUGAAAUAAACUCUCUCUCUCUCUCUCCAUUCCUCCGUCUGUCUUUCCUUUUCUUCUCUUUUCCCUCUUAUUGAUUAUUACGCAUUAUAGCAGGUUAUAAGCAGCUGCAUCUCCAUCAGCUUUUUACAUGCAGAUUAUUAUUAUAUUAUUCUUCCUUCUCUCCUUUAUUUCUAUCAUUAGAAAUAUAUUCUGUUUCUUUCUUCCUCUUUUUCUCUGUUCAUUUUUAUUUUUAUUUUUCCUUUCUUUAUUUAAUUCAUUUUUUUCCUUCUUUUUGUCUUCUCCUUUCUUUCGUCCAUUACCUUUCAUUAUUCUGACUGCUAAUAAAUGUUUUUUCUUCUCUCUUUUUCUUCACACUUCAGUUAUUUCACUUCAUUAUUAUAUUCCUUCAUCUCUCUCUCUCUCUCUCUCUCUCUCUCUCGUUUCUUUCGUAUUUUCUUCCUCUCUCAAUCUACCAGUUUUUCAGUUUUCCUCCUUUACUCUGUCCAUCGUUCUUUCUGUCGUUCUGUUUGUAUUCUGUCCAUUUUUCCUUUCUCUCUUCCAAUCUCUCUGUAUCACUCACUCCACACCUCUUUAUUCUCUUCUGUAAAUUUGUGCAUCUCUUUUUGUUCACUCUAAAUUCUUUACUUCUCUCUCUCUCUCUCUCAUUUCUUUCUCUUCUGUUCUUCCUGUCAUUUUCCUGCUUUUUUUUCCUUUUAAAAUUCUCUCUUGCUAAAUAAACUUUUAAACUUUUAUCAUCCUCACUUUACUACUCUGACCACAAUCUUUCUUUCUUUCUUUCUGCUACUUUAGCGGUCACUCCAUUUUUCUUUGCAUGAUUUGACAUUUACAUCUAUCUCUGUCCUCUUUUUCCUUGUCAUUCUUUUGUUCUUCUUUUCUUUCUUUAAAUUUUUUUCUUUUCUUCUCUUUCCUUGUCACCAAAAUGCUUUAGCUAUCGCUCUAUUCCUUUUUUUAAACUAUUUAUAUUUCUUUUUUUAUCUUUGCAUGAUUUGAUCUGUACAUCUAUCUGCUCUCUGUCCUCUUCUUCUUUUUUUCUUCUAUCCUUUCUUCUUUCUUUAUUCCACUUCUUUCCUGUAAGCUGAUUUAGCAAUCGCUCUCGUGUUUUCUCUCUCUCCCAGCAUGCACUUCUUUCUUCUUUCCAUUGCUGCGGUGUGUUUUCUCUCUGCCACAUAAUCCCUCUCUCUUUCUUUAUUCUGUCUUUCCUUCUUUCUUUUCUGUGUUUGAUUCUGUUGUUUUUCUCUUUUUUACUCCUCUCAGGCCUGUUUUCUCUUUGCAUGCACUGAUCUGUUCAUCUGUCUACUCUGUCCUUUCUUUUUCUUUCUUUCUUUCUUUCUUUCUUGUGUGUUAUGCUUUAGACACCACUUUCUCAAUUCUUUUUUUUUUUCUUAAUUCUUUCUCUCUGCUCAGGCUGCUCUGUUUUUUCCCCCUACAUAUUCUUUCUAUCUUUUUUCUGUGAACUGAAGAAUGUUUUCUUUCCUCUUUCAUUUCUUCAUUGCUUACUUUAACAUGUUUUCUUUUUAUCUUUCAAAUCUGUGCAUCUCUCCAUCUCUUCUCCUCCUCCUUCUGUUUAUUCUCUGUUUAAUCUUUUCUUUCUUUCUCUUUAUAAUCACAGAGUGUUUAUCUCACUGUCUAGAAAGUCUUGAUUACUUUUUCACAUCCUGCUGCUGUUGUACCCGAGUCACCUGUGUCCUGUGUGUGUGUGUGUCCUGUGUGUGUGUCCUGUGUGUGUGUGUGUGUCCUGUGUGUGUGUGUGUGUGUGUGUAUCACAGUGUGUAUUAUACAGUGAAUAAAGGGAUUAUUGUUCACAUGCAGUCAGUGUGAUGAAUAAAGCAAAUAUAAUUCGGGUUAGAUUAAUUCUGUUCUGUCAGCAAAUAAAUCACCUCAAACAUAAA